AUGCCAUUGGCUUCCCAAACUUUAUUCUGUCCAGCAAUUCUUGUUGCCAUGAGUAUAGAAGCCGUAUUCCGUGCGUAUAUGCUUCUGACCUUGGCUUCAUUGCUCUGGCCAACUGGAGCUAAGGACUUUCAAUACACUCAUCUCUCCUCAGGCCUAGCUCUCUCUGAUUUUAUUUCUUUAUGCCUUUGUGUCAUCUGUCCUGCCUUGAUUCGCACAGUCUGUCGCGUAGGCACUAUUGUCGCCUUAGCAAUUGAACCAAACAGCCUGACCUUAGGCCGAUUAACACUGGGGGAUCCAUUUGUGUCUUAA